CGUUGUCAAAAUUCCUCCUAAUUGCGACAGGAGCCAAUUCGACACAAGUUUUCGUCUAAUAAUCGAUAAACUCUCAAAGCUGUAGCUGCGAAUGCCUUGUAUUUAAUUUGAACUGACGGGAAAAUGUGAAAAGUGAGUUUAAAAUAUAGCAAAGUUCUCGUGUUGAAUUCACAUCGUGAUUAUAUUAGAGGAAAACUCGAACUCUCGAAAGGCCACUAAUUAGAUUACCGUGAAAAAGAGGGUGUUUCCCUGUUUUCUUUGUGGAAAUCGCGGAAAGACUUUCUCGAAAAAAAUGCAUCUUGGCGGAGAUAUUUCGAGCGCUUUACAGCAAAUCGAGGCUAUUAAAAAGAGCAUCGAUGAGUCGGACGACCCGAAAUUGCAAAUGGGAACGGCGGAUAGCCUGAAAACUAUCCUCGAUAUUCUGCAGGAUCCGGUAUUUCGGACUAUUGUGCAUGUGCAGGACUCCCUGGCCGAGCUGAAUACACAACUUGUCCAGCAUCCAUCUAUGCUACCAAAUGAUUUCGACAUCGACGUUUCUGGGAAUUUGAUUUUGAGUGUGCCCAGUGCUGCGGACUUGUACGAAGCCGAGUAUCCUGACGAGCAACGUGUGCCCUCUGCUCAGCUGUCUCCACGGAGCCCGAAUAGCCCAGCAAACAAUAGUUACUUGGGAGGCGUAACGCCAGAUCACGCCCUUGCCGAAGACCAUGGCAUGUACUUGAAGAAAACUCGACCUUAUUCGGACUUGAAUCGCACUGCGGACGAAGAAAGACCUCAGUCGGUUGUCAGCGACUCUUCCAAACACGGAACCGAUCUGCUUUCGUCAGAAUGGGCUCAGAUUCAAGCCAUUGAUUUGAUAAACGACGGUACGGGGCUUGGUUUCGGAAUCAUUGGAGCGCGGUCAUCUGGAGUGAUUGUAAAGACAAUCCUAGCUGGUGGAGUUGCGGACCGUGACGGUCGGUUGCAGAGUGGAGAUCAUAUCCUCCAAAUAGGCGACGUAAAUCUCCACGAUAUGGUUUCGGAGCAAGUGGCAUCCGUGCUCCGCCAGUCGGGAACUCAUGUCCGUUUGGUUGUAGCCCGUCCUGCGGAACAUGUGAAACCCAAAUACGAACUAGAAAGCGGUUGCGCAAUAGUUCCGUCACGUUUGUUGCUCGAUCCUAACGAAUUAGAACGGUAUCUGAUUGCAGCUGGAUACCCCGAGAUAUUCGGCACUCUAUCAACCCCAUCCACACCCCUGCAAGUUCCGGAGAAACGGUUCAUGUUUGGCGAGAAAGAGUCUAUCGCGAAUCGGCCUCCGAUAGCAGCUCCUGUGGAUUUCGACGAGCUCGACUUACCGGAAACGGAAAAGUUUCAAGUUGAGUUGAUCAAGGAUGCCAAUGGGCUAGGCAUAACGAUCGCUGGAUACAUUUGCGAGAAAGAGGAGUUGUCGGGAAUAUUCGUGAAAAGCAUAUCACCGGGAAGCGCCGCGGAUUUAAGUGGUCGCAUCCGCGUAAAUGAUCGCAUUAUCGAAGUUAAUGGACAGUCACUUCAAGGCUUCUCAAAUCAUCAAGCGGUGGAAAUCCUUAAAAACAGUGGAAACGUAGUGAAACUCGUAUUGGAGCGUGAUCUCCGCGGUCCCAAAUAUGAACAGUUGCAACAAGCUAUUGCGGCCAAUGAGAUAAAACAGCCGAGCGCCCCGUCUACCCCAGCCAGGAGUCUUCCGCCACCACCUGUCACGAAUACGCAACUGAGAGGAGCCAUUGGAACCACGAAAAUCCAAUCAUCUGAAGAGCAGGAUGUAGAAUCGAAUUCAUCAACUAUGCAAUUGCCUACUUCCGUCGAUCGGAAGAAGCCAUUAGAGGAGCCAACAUUGAGUUCUUUCGGUAGCGGAAAGAAACUUAUCAAUGCUCGCGACUCCUUAGAAAAUGCCAAGCAUUCUUCAGACACUUCUUUGAGUCUACCCGACUCGAAAUCUGGAACUAUAGAAGAUGAGGACAUUCUCCACGCUAAAAAUGCUGCCGUGAUCUACAAACACAAAUACUAUGUGGAGCCGGAGUUGACGAAAGAAAUGGAAGUAGCGAUAAUCCGUAAAUGGAGGCAAAUCGUCGGGCCAGACGUGAAAAUAAUUGUCGCCCAAAUAAAAAAGUUCGCCGCAUCCAGUGGGUUAGGAAUCUCCUUGGAGGGAACAGUGGAUGUCGAAGGUGGGCGUGAAGUUCGUCCUCAUCACUACAUUCGAUCGAUUCUCCCAGAAGGCCCAGUCGGUCAGAAUGGCCUUCUGAAAUCAGGUGAUGAGCUUUUGGAGGUAAACGGACAACGUUUACUUGGUAUGAAUCAUUUAGAGGUGGUUGCAAUCCUGAAGGAGCUCCCGCAGGAUGUUCGAAUGGUUUGCGGACGUGGAAAGACUGAACUCAUUCAAUUCAAUGACGACUCGUUGUCGAAAAACAUCGGUUUCGGAGGAUCUCAACACUUGGAAAAUCUGUUGCCUGCAUCAGAUCGACUGGUUAAGGCAAAGUCAGAUGGUAGUUUGGCUACUUCGGGUAAUACUUCAGACGAUGCUUUUUCGAAGCUGAAAUCCCGUUCUUUGGAGCCACUGACGGGCUUAGCAAUGUGGAGCUCGGAGCCACAAAUUAUUGAGCUGGUGAAGGGUGAACGCGGCUUGGGCUUCUCAAUUCUUGACUACCAGGACCCUCUGGAUCAAAACGAUACGUUGAUUGUUAUCCGCUCCUUAGUACCGGGCGGAGUAGCUCAGCUGGAUGGUCGUCUGAUCCCCGGAGAUCGACUUCUUUUCGUGAAUAAUAUCAAUUUGGAGAAUGCGUCUCUAGAUCAAGCUGUACAGGCUUUGAAGGGGGCUCCGAAGGGUAUAGUUAGAAUCGGCGUAGCCAAACCACUCCCGAUGACUGACAAUUCAAUCAAGUCGACAACUGGCACUGGCGAGGAUUCGAAUCUUUCAUUCAAUGUUUCUAGCAAUCUUUCAACAAUUGAUCCCGAUAUCAUCCCGGAUUUGAAAAAAUAAUAUAGUAUUUCCAUGGAGCGGCCGGAAUUCCAGGUUGUUGCGGAAUUUUUCAAGUGCAUGGUAAACCUGGCAGCAAUUUAUAGAGUCUCUCUAGCCAAAGUGCGUAGACAACGCCGGCAGCGUCAAGGAUUUGAAUGAAAAACUGUUUCUUGGAUGUUGUACUUAAUGCGACUAUUUUCUUCCACAUUCCUUUCUGAUCUGGAUCAGUUUCAAACGUUUUAUUUUCAAAGUAUUUCCCUCUAACAGUAUUAUUGGGCUGAACGGUAUAUCUCGGGGGAAUAUCUGUCUUAUCUCAUGGUUAAGGGUUUUAUGAAUGUUUUAUAUUUUAACGGAAACAAUUAAACAAUAUUUAAUAUCGUUAUAACGUUGACUUCUAGAGGAUAAAUAUUUUAAGCAUAACAUUAUGACAUUUAUGUGAAAAUAUGAAUUUAUGUAUUAAUAAAUAAAUAAAUCGUUUAUUUUGUAUGAUAAAUA